AUGCCUCCACCGGUGUCUCGGUUCCAGAGUGGACCGAACACCAUCUACCACCAACAGUACAAUGCCCACCCACAAGCUGGCCACCCUGGCGCGCAACACCUGUCCCUCGGCCAGCAGUCCUACCUGAACCCGGCGGCGGCGGCGGCCGCGGCGGCACAGCUGAAUCCUUUUGGCGCCAAUGGCGGACUGAAUCUGGCAGCUGCAUCCAUGAACCCAGGUGCUGGCGGCUUUGGCGUGGGUGACAAUUCCGGCCUGGCCAGCCAGGCGGCGCGGAUGGGCUUUGCACAUGGCGCGCAGCUGCAGCAACAGCAAGCACAACAGCAGGCGCAGCAGCAGUCGCAGCAAUCACACCAGCAGCAGCUGCACCACCAGCAGGUGCAAGCACACGCGCAGCAACAACACCACAACCACCACAACCACCACCACCAGCUGCACGCCGCGCUGGGUGAGCCGCACCAGGGGCGGAUGCCCGCCAAGGGCCGGAUACGAGAGGUUUGGAAGCACAACCUGGCGGAAGAAAUGGCAGCGAUUCGUGACCUGGUGGACAAGUACCCGUAUAUUGCCAUGGACACAGAAUUCCCCGGCGUUGUUGCACGGCCUAUGGGCAGCUUCCGCGGCAAGAGCGACUACCACUACCAAUGCCUACGGACAAAUGUGGACUUGCUCCGCGUUAUCCAGAUCGGCAUCACUCUGUUCAACGAGGACGGCGAAACGCCCCCUGCACGGCCUGUGUCCACCGACUCUGGUGAGCUUGGCGGGCCCGUGGGCGGCCGCCGUGGCCACCAGGGCGGCUCGCUGCCGUAUUCGUGGCAGUUCAACUUCAAGUUCUCGCUCAAGGACGACAUGUACAACCAGACAUCCAUCGACUCGCUCGUGCAGGCCGGCAUCGACUUCAACAUCAUGGACCGUGACGGUAUCGACCCCGUCGACUUCGCGGCCCUGCUGAUUCCUUCGGGCCUGGUUUGCUUCGACGAGGUGCACUGGAUCUCCUUCCAUGGCGGCUACGACUUUGGCUACCUGACCAAGCUUCUCUUCUGCAAGCCGCUGCCUAGUGACGAGAUCGAGUUUGACCAGAUCAUGAAGCUGUACUUCCCAUCGACGUUUGACGUCAAGCACCUGAUGAAGCACGCCAUCCGCAUGCACAACACCGGCCAGCUGACACCUGGCGACCCGUCGUCGAUUGAGGUUCUGCAAAAGUUCGAGCACAAGUCUGGCCUCGAGAACAUUGCCGAGGCUCUCAAGGUGAAGCGGGUGGGUGCCGCCCACCAGGCCGGCUCCGACAGCCUUCUGACCGGCCGCGUCUUUUUCCAGAUGCGCGAAAAAAUCUUCCACGGCGAGAUCCCCUCGGAGCAGGUCGGCAAGGUGUGGGGCCUCAUGGUGCCUGACAUUCCGCCUGUGCCGGGCGUGGGCCACCUCGGCGGCUUCACAAACCGGUACGGCGGCAUGUUGAUGGGGGCUACCGGCGGCGGUGCCGGUGCUAAUGUCAGCGGUCUCGGCGGUGGCGACGGCGCAAGCGGUGUCGAGACUACCCCAGGCAGUAGCAAUGGCGUGAACGGAGCCAGCAGCGGCGCAAACGGCACGACAACCAACGGCGGUACCCCGAGCACACCGCACACGUCAACUGCCGGCCUUGUUAACACGCCUGCGGCGGGCAGCCACAACACCAAUAGUAUGGGGAUGGGCCCGAUGACACCUGGCGGUGGCGGUGGCGUGUUUGGCAGCUUCGCCUACCCGAACCGGAGCUAG